UGUUAACACAACAAACACUUUCAAGUGUAGAAGCAAAGAACACACCUCCAUUAUCCACAAUGGAAUCACUCUCCUCCUCUGCCCCCUCCUGUUACUACCCCUCAACCACCAAUCUCCGCCACUUUCCAUCCACAAAACCCCUUCAAUCCUUCUCUCCCCGCCAUCUAUCGCCGCCGCACCACUCCAUCAAAUGCUCACUUCGCUCUUCCCCACCAUUUGACUACAAACAAAAUCUCAAUAUUUCAUCGUCUUCACCGCAGACGCCGGCAACAGCGAUGAGAGGCGCUGAAUCUGACGCCAUGGGGUUAUUAUUGCGUGAAAGGAUUGUGUUUUUAGGGACCCAGAUUGAUGAUUUUGUUGCUGAUGCGAUUAUUAGUCAGUUGCUUUUGUUGGAUGCUCAAGAUCCUACAAAAGAUAUUCGGCUUUUUAUUAAUUCUACUGGUGGUUCUCUCAGCUCUUCAAUGGCGAUAUAUGAUGUUCUGAAGCUAGUGAGGGCUGAUGUAUCAACAAUUGCACUUGGCAUAUCAGCAUCAACCGCUUCCAUAAUUCUCGGUGGUGGAACCAAAGGUAAACGUCUUGCAAUGCCUAAUACAAGAAUCAUGAUCCACCAACCACUCGGAGGUGCAAGCGGGCAAGCGAUAGAUGUUGAAAUUCAAGCGCGGGAAAUGAUGCAUAAUAAGGAAAACGUGACGAGAAUUAUAGCAGAAUCCACUGGCAGGAGUUAUGAACAGGUUCAGAAAGAUAUUGAUAGGGAUCGGUAUAUGUCUCCUAUUGAAGCGGUUGAAUAUGGAAUAAUUGAUGGGGUUAUUGAUCAAGAUAGUAUUAUCCCACUUGAGCCUGUACCAGAUCGCGUUAAACCUACUCUUAGUUAUGAUGCAAUUAGCAAGGAUCCUGAGAAAUUCUUGAAUCCUGAUAUACCUGAUGAUGAAAUUUACUAGUUGGGAGGUGACUACUGCCUGAAGACAAUUUUACAGUUUAUCUUUUGUUACUUUUGAAAUUAGCUGGUCCAUUUUUAUCUGUCAAAACUAUUGUAUUCUCAAGUAAAAUAAUAACAUUAGACCAUUUCCAUAA